AUGCAUGGUCUUCUAAAUGUGCUGUCUUCCGAGGAGACUGGACAUGAGUGUUUGCGAUAUCUUACAACAGGAAGAGCCAGCAUCUAUCUUCCGCUUCUAAAGAGGAUCCUGGAGUCAGACCAAGGAUCCGUUGUCACUGUCUUUGGCCCACGAGGAUCAGGAAGACAUACAUUCAUUUGUAAAGGAGUACACGAAAGGAGAACAAUGUCCUGUAUUGUUGAUGCCGAGGAGAUUAGAGACGAUGGAAAGCUGAGUGUUCAAAAGCUGCACAAGCUUAUUCGGUCCGUAACUGCUGUUACAAUAAAGGAGUAUCUGAAAAUCGUGGAGGGCGAGGUCAUAUCUAUGUCAAAUGGUAAGAUCCAUUUGAAGACAAGAGAUAUGGAAUCAGUGUUUGGUAUUGGAGUAAGAAUCAGAAAGGAGCUAGAAAGAGAAAGAGUGUGUGUUGGAGACAUCAUAAAGAUCUACAAAGAGAGCUGCUUUGUAGUGCGACAGGGCCGAUUAUCCGAAAGGAACCCAUCCUUGGCAUUUGACUUACUUCCAAAGAUCCAGCUGCCUGAAGGAGAGUGCAUAAAAACUGAGACUGUUCACACAACACUAACACUAAAUGAGUUGGACACACUUAACUUCAAAGAAAACGGCGAAGAAUAUCUUUAUACAGAUGUGUAUAUUAAUGGGUAUAUUAGAAACGAAGUAGAUAAAAAAGUAGCUAAGCUUCUAAAAGAGGGUAAGGCAGGAUUAGAAAGAGGCGUUUUGGUUAUUGAUGGAUGUGAAGCGCUAUCUGAAGAUGAGAUUAAGUGUAUAAUUUCUGUAUGCUCAGGAAUGUUACAUCCAACAGUAUUUUUGGUUUUUGACCAAGAAGAUAGCCGCCAGGUUGCGGGUGAGAUUAGCUUAAGGUUCUAUAAGUAUACCGCAUCAGAAACAGGCGAUAUCCUGAGGAACUACUGUGCUUCGAACGAUGUAGAAAUUGAAGAUGGUGCGGUUGAGAAGCUUUGUGAAAUUGCAGAUAGCAAAGGGCUGUGUGCUGCAAUAAGGAUUCUCAAGGCGUCUGUUUCCAUGAAAAGUGUUGCAGCUACCACAGUAAGCAGAAUAUUUAGUGUUUUUGAUGAAUAA